AUGUUGUGUACGUUUCUUACUGCGGUCGGUCUUUACACCAGUGUCUUUUGGUUGUAUGAAAACCUCCGUGCACCAGUUCUUCUGAUUUUGCUAAGCCUCAAGAACCUCGUACAGGGACGCAAGCUCUCCGAACGUUAUGGGAAAUGGGCUGUCAUUACUGGUGCGUCAGACGGAAUCGGCAAAGGUUACGCAAACUACCUAGCUAAGAAGGGCAUGCCCGUGGUGUUGGUCGCGCGAAAUGAGUCGAAGUUGAAACAAGUGGCAGAUGAAAUCAAGAGCAAGCAUGGCGUGGAAACGAAGAUCGUCGUAGCUGAUUUUUCCCAUGGGCAAGAAAUCUAUGCACAUUUGGAAAAAUCACUCCUUCCAUUGGAUAUCGGCAUUUUAGUGAACAACGUUGGAGUGUCACAUGGAACGCCAAAGCCGGUGUACGCACUGUCCAAGCAACAGCUUUGGGAUCUGAUCAACGUGAACGUAGCAUCCACGACUCUCCUCUGCAACAUUCUCGCCCCAGCGAUGAAGCAACGUGGUCGGGGGCUGAUAGUGAACAUAUCCUCCAUGAGCGCGGUCUGCCCGAUGCCAUACCUCACCGCGUACUCAGCCACGAAGGCCUACGUCACGAGCUUUUCCGUGGCCCUACGGGAAGAACUGAAACCGUUCAACGUGGAGGUCCAAACGGUACAGCCCGGAUUCGUGCACACCAACAUGACGGACUUCAUCGCGUCCGGGAUGCGAGACAAGAUUUACAGCAGGUUCUUACUCGGCGUAGAUGGCUUUCUUUCCUAUGCAGGAUGCACGCUAGGAAAGCUGGACAGGACGACUGGUCACUGGUCGCAUGGGCUGCAAACGGCGUUCUUGUACCUGUUUCCAGAAUUCCUGCGGACAUACUUUACCGGACAGCUAAAUAAAACUUUAAACGAACAAAUUAGAGCUAGCAGCAAAAGAAAAGCCCGCUAG